UGGAUGAGUACCUGCGACUGGGGCACAUGGAACUCGUCGACCCUACUGACCAGCAUCAGUCUUGCUAUUACAUGCCUCAUCAUGUGGUAGUAAAGAAUACAAGCAGCACUACCAAGGUUAGAGUAGUCUUUAACGCGUCAGCAAACACCACCUCGUCACCGUUGCUGAACGAUUUGAUGAUGGUAGGACCAACCAUCCAGCAGGAUCUGUUCUCCAUAGUACUACGCUUUCGCGCACACAGGUACGCAUUGACUGCAGACGUGGAGAAGAUGUACCGACAGAUUCAAGUGCAUGAGGACGACAGAGACCUCCAGAGAAUCGUGUGGCGAAGUCAUCCCAGUCAAUGGUUAGAAACCUACCGUCUGGCCACCGUAACUUAUGGAACCGCUGCAGCUCCUUUUCUGGCAACACAAUGCUUAUUACAGGUGGCGCUCGACGGUCAACCUACACAACUGACUGCAGCUGAAGUAAUUAAGAAUGACUUCUAUGUUGAUGACCUGCUUACAGGAACAGACACUGUUAGUGAAGCUAUCCAGCUCUAUGACGACGUCACAACAUUGCUCAAGAGUGGAGGGUUCCCUGUUCGGAAGUGGCGGUCCAACAGUCUAGACAUUUUGGAAGUCAUUCCAGCCGCACUUCAGGAGACAUGGGCACCUUGCAAUGUUCCUCUCAACGAGGGUGCAGUGAAGACUCUUGGACUGCACUGGUAUCCCAGUAGUGACUUGUUCCAAUUCAGCGUGGUGGACAGCAGGCACAAGAAUGUGACAUGGACGAAGAGAAUGGUGCUGGCUAAUGUAGCAUCCAUAUACGACCCUUUGGGAUUACUAGGACCUGUCAUCGUACAAUGUAAGUUAUUCAUUCAAACCCUUUGGCAACAACAGCUGGAUUGAGACUUGAGAUUGCCUUCAGAACUUGCCACGCGGUGGGAGGAAAUUCACCAACGGCUGCCUGAUCUCAACAGGAUUAGUAUACCCAGAAGAAUCACGGCAGACGGCACAAGCAUCACUGUAGAACUUCAUGGCUUUGCCGAUGCCUCAGAAAGAGCCUACGGGGCAUGUGUCUAUCUACGUUCCAUAAGCCCAAACGGAACCAUCACACUUCAUCUGUUAUCUUCGAAAUCAAGAGUGGCCCCAUUGAAGCAGGUGUCACUCCGAAGACUGGAGCUGAACGCCGCCCUUCUUUUAAGCCAGUUAGUAGAUAAGGUGCAUAGGGCCCUCAACCUACAAAUUGUUCAACGCUUUUACUGGACGGACUCCACAGUUGUUUUAGCCUGGAUAGCUGGGUGCUCGUCAACUUGGAAAACAUGUGGCCAACAGAGUCGCGGAGAUCCAACGGCUAACCACUUACCGAGCUUGGAGACAUGUUGCAUCACAGGACAACCCUGUGGACAUCAUCUCCAGAGGAACGGACCCACGACGACUUCAAGACUUUCAGGUCAUUCCAACAAUGUGGGAAAACUGUGUGAUACAUGUGGAGAGGCUGAUAAAGAUUCAGAUGACUGACCAUUCUGAAUUGAAUAAACAUUGUGAGUAUUAAUGGUUCACAAAUUUGGGUUGAUUCAUGUUACUGUUCCAUCAUAGUCACAGAUUAAUUGUAAUGUGUUUUAAACUGUUAGUGCUGUCCUAUGAACAAACGCAUACAAGCUUUCACAGCAUCACAAAAUAAUUUUGAUUCAGUUCCCAGUAGUUAGCUUGCUUUUCUGUUUUGUAACUGCUGUCAGUAUUUUGUUCCCAUAUAUUUAGUAGAAUGCAUGAAGUAUGUUUCUUAUAGUUUCAACUUCUUGCCUGCAGUGGAAGACACUUUUGUGGAUCUAAGGGCAUGACUGCUUCCAGCCAUAUCACCAGGAAAGCAUGAGACAUUGUAUGGGUUAAUCUAAACAGUUACACCCUAGGAGUUAGUUAUUGUAGACAAAAGCUGGUAAAAGGAGGAGUGAAUAUCUUUGUCAAGAGUAAUCCAGAAUUUAAUCAUCACAUAGUUGUAAAAUGAUCAUUGUAAAGGAUGGGAUAUAAAAUGCUGUGCAACUAGAAUCUAAAUUCUCUAACAUGUCUUGUCCAUAUACAGAGCCACUGUAGGUGGUUUUGAACUUUUUGUAAAAAGGAGGGAUAAAUUAUUUUCACAAAGCUAAACCAGAGUUUGUCAUCUUUGGUGACAUAAAUAUGAUUACCUUAUUGAAAGUUGCCACGAGCUGUCUCAACUAACUACAAACCUUUCUUUUUAUCUCCUAGAGCUACUUAUACAUAUUACUGACGUGUUGUGACAGUGUUUAGUAAGAAAUAAUAACUACAGACAUGUUAUAGUCUUACAUUAUAGUUGAUUUCCCUCAGUAAUUGAAAAUUACUCAAGUAUGGAG